GAAAACUGUCUGCUUUUGACAGAAAACAGCUGAGAUGUUUUACAUGUAAAUUUAAAUCGUCGCUACAAAUAGACAGUUUCUUUAUAGUACACAUCUAUUCUUUCAUUCAGAGAAGACCCCAAUUUUCUCCUGAUUAUGACCGAUACCAGUUGAACAAUUAUCUCUUACAAGAGUUGUCUUUAUUGGAUGCAGCAGAUCAAAGAUGGAGAGAGGCUGCGGCGACAGAGAGGAGAAAUUGACAGAACAGUCACGGGAGGCCGUAUCAGGCUCAUCGUCCAUCACAAACCCCAACUACUGCGGGCCGGAGGACGAGGAUAGCCCGGGGGUCAGGGUUCAACAGAUGCAGUGUGUGGAUGAGGGCAGCAUGGUGAUUGUGUAUUGUAACACAGACUACCUGUUCUCUUGUAGCGGGACCAUCAGGCUGCUUCAAGUGCUCCUGUCACUGUGCUGUUUGUUGAGUGUGGUAACCUGUGACGGACCGGAUGGAGGGGACUUCCUGUCCCUCCCCAAGAGCUGGCUGCUACGCCUCCUGGUGUUUGUAAUCGUCUGGACCUCCCUCACUGGCCUCUGUCUGUGGGGGGUGAGGGUGACUGGAGCAGACCAGAUGCUGCCCAUCAGUUGGUGGCUUUUGGACUUCAUACUGUAUUCCAUUUUUUCACUCUCAUACCUCGUCUCUACAUCUCUCCUUGCCAAUUACAUUGAACAUCUGAAACUGAUAGAAAAUAGCCUGCCAGGAGACUUGAUCACAAAAUUUCUCAUUUCUGUUAUAUUGGGGUACCUCUGUGUUCUCCUGUACGGGCUGACUGCUCUUGUUGGAUACAGAAGGUGGAGGAUUCAGUGUCACUUGUUUAAAAGAAGGAAACUUUUGGAGUCUGAAGAUUUUCUGGAAGUCUUGUAACUGUUCGCAUCAAGGGGGAACAAACUGAGAUUAUUCAUAAAAUUGACAAAUAUUGUGUUAUACCAUUCAGUACAACAUUACACAGUACAACGAUAAAUCCGUGUAAACAUUGUUUAAGUUAUCUCCCUUCUGCAAUAUCUUGUUAUUCUUUUGAAGUGGUUUGGGCUUGAUAGUCACUGACAGGAUACCUGUUCAAACCCUCUGUGGUCAUCUGAUGAUCCGUAUGUACACCCAUCACAGUAAACUCAUAUUUCAAAACUCUGCAUUUUAAACACAUGUAAAUAUAAUAUUUUUUCAAUAUUCUGUUUUAAGAAUACAUUGUACAGCUUAUUGCAUCUUUCCCUGCCAUUACCCCAUUUUCAUGCAUUACCCUCAUUUUAUUUUAAAAAUGUGUUAUUAGGUCACGUGAACGAAGGUUCAGUGAAGCUUUUCUGAUUUCUGUUGUCCAGUGUCUUUCUGAGCUUCUUUAAACUAUUCACAUUUUGGCUCAUGAUCUUCCCUGGAACCUGGGUGUUUCAACAAAAUUUGGCACAAAUCAUUGCAAGGUGAAAGGAAUUUUGAAUUUUCAAAAUUAAGUGCCACAUCUUUUUCCAGGGCAGAUGAUGAAAAUUACUGGUAAACAGUAUACCUGUCUUAAUAAAAUUCAUUCUCUAAAGAAUCAGCGCACUACAAAUACCAAUAGUUGAGUAUCAGAAACAGAUCCAUGCAUUAAUGGCCUCUGUACAAAUCCAACUCUCUUCAAAUCAAGCCUUGGGUUAACCUCACUAGCAAGAGCUAGGCUAGAAAUCUGCCACAACACUUACGCUUCCACAUUCACCAAAAAAGCUUCUAAGUAUAGUGUAGAUUCAAAAUAGUUUCUAAAACUUCCAACAAAUAGUGGGGCCACAGGAGAGAUGCUAUUUAAGGUUCAACAAUGAAAUAUAUCUUCUCAAGAACUAAAAUGCUUACAGUUUGUAAUAUAUUGUUACACCAGCAUCACAAUGUAGUACAUAUUAUUAUAACCAUGACCCCAGACAAACACAGCUAGGGAUCUAUGCUUAGUGGUCAAUUACCAUCAAAUCUACCUUAAAUUUUCAUUCAUCUUUCCUGAGCUCAUGGUUUAAAAUAUAAAAUUUGGAAAUGGGUCCUAAAAUUCAUUAAACUGAUAUGCUACUGAAGUAAGCAAUAUGGCCAUCGGCCACAAUAUUUGGUCUGUAUGUUGUAUACCACACAUUGGGAGUUUGAACUAAACUUGAUCUCAGUUUAAUGUACUGAUUGCUUCUAUCCAUUGUCCUCACUCUAACAUGUUACAUUAAAUCUCCCUUAUGUACAGUCAUCCUAUUAAUUGUAAUGUCCCAAAAGCCUUUUCAUGUUGUUUUCAUUGGUGCUUUAUUUUAAUGGUGCAAUAAUUGGAAAAAAAAAGAAAUGAUAUUAUUCAUUUUACCAUUCUAUUUUUUAUUGAUGUUUACUAGUAUCUUGCUGAACAAGUUUUUUUUUCACUCCCUUACUAUAUGACUGUAAAAGGAAUAGAAAGAUUUAAAAUUCCCAAGGAUUUGGGCAUACUCACUUAUUUCGUUAUAUUUUCCAGUUUCCUUUAUAUUAAAAAAACUGGCUUUAUCCCUUUGAAAUCCCAUUGACCUUUCAUUGAUAAUCCAGUUAUUGUUGAAUUAACAUUUAUGUUAAUAUGCUCUUCCUUGCUUUCAAGAGUUUUGUCCUACUUAUUGUAAUGUGAUACAAAUA